CCGGGGAGGGAGAGGGCACGUCCGCGUCCGCGUCCGCGCUGCCACUUCCUCCCGACGCCGCCGGUGAUUGGCUCCCGGGCUUAUCAUAAACGCGCGGCGGAGCCGCUGCGGCUGGCAGAAAACUUGCUGGAGGGCUGCGGGUGGCAUCGCUUGGCUCUCCAGGCCGGGGCACCAUGAGGUCGUCCUUGGUGCUGCUCACCGCCCUGGUGGCGCUGGCCGCCUAUUACAUCUACAUCCCGCUGCCCAGCUCCAUGUCCGACCCCUGGAAGCUGAUGCUGCUGGACGCGACUUUCCGGGGCGCGCAGCAAUUGAGUAACCUGAUCCACUACCUGGGGCUGAGCCAUCAUCUGAUUGCACUGAAUUUCAUCAUCAUUUCUUUCGGCAAGAAAAGCGCACUGUCGUCUCCCCAGGUGAAGGUGGAGGACACCUUCUUUGAUGGCGUGGAGGUCCGGGUGUUUGAAGGGGCGUCCAAGCCGGAGGAGCCGCUGAGACGGAGUGUUGUCUACAUUCACGGAGGAGGCUGGGCCUUGGCCAGUGCGAAAAUCAAGUAUUACGAUGAGCUGUGCAUGACAAUGGCUGAAGACCUGAAUGCUGUCAUUGUCUCCAUUGAAUACAGGCUAGUUCCACAGGUUUAUUUUCCUGAGCAAAUUCAUGAUGUUAUACGUGCCACAAAGUACUUCCUGCAGCCUGAAAUCCUGCAGCAGUAUAACGUCGACCCAGGCAGAAUUGGCAUUUCUGGUGACAGUGCUGGUGGGAAUUUGGCUGCUGUCCUUGCACAACAGUUUAGUCAAGAUGCCAACGUAAGAAAUAAGCUCAAACUGCAAGCUCUAAUCUAUCCGGUCCUUCAAGCUUUAGAUUUUAACACACCUUCUUAUCAGCAAAACACGAACACCCCAAUCCUGCCUCGCUACGUCAUGGCCAAAUACUGGGUUGACUACUUCAAAGGCGAUUAUGCCUUUGUGCAGGCGAUGGUAGUUAAUAAUCACACUGCACUGGAUGUGCACGAAGCAGCUGCCUUCAGGGCUCAUCUCAACUGGACGUCCCUCUUGCCCGCGUCCGUCACAAAGAACUACAAGCCCGUUGUGCAGACCACGGGCAAUGCCAGGAUCCUCAAGGAGCUGCCGCAACUGCUGGAUGCCCGUUCUUCUCCCCUCAUUGCAGACCAGGAAGUCCUGCAGCGCCUCCCAAAGACCUACAUUCUCACGUGCGAGCACGAUGUGCUGAGGGACGAUGGCAUCAUGUACGCCAAGCGCUUGGCGAACGCGGGCGUGGACGUGACCCUCGACCACUUUGAGGAUGGUUUCCACGGCUGCAUGAUUUUCACCAGCUGGCCCACCAACUUUUCCGUGGGAAUCCGGACUAGGUAUAGUUACAUCAAAUGGCUAGAUCAAAACUUAUAAAGGAAUAACACUUCCGGACAGCUCGAGUCCCUCUUGACACCCUGUACCUGCUUAGCAAAGACAUACUGUUUUAGUGGCCUAAUUCCAUCCCCCCCCCCCCCCCGCCGCCUGUUCCUUACCAGUUUUGGAAUCUCUGUUCCUUGCACACUUUAUGAUCAUCUAAUUUUUUAAAAAGUGAAUUUGACUCACUGAAAUGCAAAACAUCUGACUUGGUUUCCAAAGUGGGCUCUCUUUGUCUGAAAAGAUUUUUUUUUUUGAAAUUGUGGAUAAAAGAAGGAUGUUCAAGGAGUUAAGAAAAUGUGGGCUCGGGGCUGGGGAUAUGGCCU